UUCUCAAAUCCUCCAGCCCUGUCCCCGGACCCUUCCCCGCACGCACGCCGCCGGUCGCUUCGACCCUCCACCUCGCGGCGCCGCCCCUUCCCGUCUUCCCUCACCGCGUUGGCCGCAGAGGAAGGCCACCGGCUGAGAGAGUCGGGGGACGGGGGCUCGGGGGGACCAGCGUCCGCAGAGGCCGGCCCAGCAGGCAGGCAAUCCCCAAUCUCCGCCACCAUCUCCUUCCCCAACCAAAUUGCCGCCGCCGCCGCCGCUGCUGGAGCCGGAGCAUAUCCCUGCGGCCUCCCGACGGCCAUGAUCUCGUCUGAAGCUGCCGGCUCAGCCUGGUGGAGAUGAAUCCGGGGUAGCAGCUGUUGGCUCUCGGGGAUUCUUGCGCGGGCAAUCUGCGUGCACCACACACUAGUGUUCAUUGCAGUCUGCAGGAGUGCAGGACCCAUCAGUUGCUGGAUUUGUUGUGGUAGAGACCAGAAGUAUUGGUGAUUGCAGCGGAUAUGUACCGUGGCGGGCUUGACCGCUUCAAGAAGGCUCAGGCCCUGGAGCCAUUCUCGGUUCAAUCUAGUUCGACGGCCAAGAAUGCACCGGCGGUGCCGAGGACAGCUAAAGCACCACUGCCUCCAUUGACACUGCCGCAGAAUUCACAUGCUGGAGCCAGCCAGAGUCACCAGAGUCCACAGGGUACCAGUUUGAGGGUGACCGGGCAAGAGACUGGGGUGCCGGGCCAUGUCGGGACUCAGAUUGGUGGUGGGCAGUCAGCGUGGCAGCCACCUGACUGGGCGAUAGAACUGCGUCCUGGGGUUUACUAUCUUGAGGUGUUGAAAGAUGGGGAGGUCAUUGAUCGAAUCAAUUUGGAGAAGAGGAGGCAUAUAUUUGGGAGGCAGGUACCUGCAUGUGAUUUCGUGUUGGACCAUCAGUCUGUAUCACGACAGCACGCUGCUGUUGUUCCACACAGAAAUGGAAGCAUAUAUGUUAUUGAUUUAGGAUCUGUUCAUGGCACAUUUGUUGCAAACGAGAGAUUAACUAAAGAAAACCCUGUCGAACUUGAAGUUGGGCAGUCACUUCGUUUUGCUGCAUCAACCAGAACCUAUGUUCUACGAAAGAAUACUGCUGCCUUUUUCCCAACUCAUAGUCUUCCAUCAGAUGUCAGUCUGCCAUCUCCUCCAGACCCCAAUGAUGAAGAUGCUGUGGUUGCAUACAACACAAUACUUAACCGCUAUGGCAUUAGUAAAUCGGACUCGUUAUCCAGAUCAAAAGAUUCUUCGGGGGAUGCCUCUGGUGCAAAUGAUGAUAAUCAGCCAGCUGGAAGGCCCUUGAAGAGAAGUAAAAAACUAAGAGUGUCAUUUAGAGAUCAGGUUGGAGGAGAACUUAUUCAAGUGGUUGGGAUUUCAGAUGGCGCAGAUGUUGAAACUGAACCAGGCCCAGUUGGUGUGAAGGAAGGCAGUCUUGUUGGAAAAUAUGAAUCCCUUGUACAGGUUACUGUCAUACCAAAAGGAAAGGAGCAACCUUCAUCAAAGGAAAGUGCCUCCCCCAGUGGGGUAACUGAUAAGCUGAAACAAGUUCUUAACAAAGUGAAAAGCACAUCAAAGGGUGGAAUUUAUGAUGAUCUUUAUGGUGAUUCUGUUAAAGCACAACUGGGCUCAUCUUGGGCAUACAGGUCAGAUGACCAGGCAGAAAAAGUCAAAGCUACUGAUGAGAAGAGGUCUAGUGGAAAUAUGGAUGCAAAUUCAGCUCAUGACAAUGAUGACUUGUUUGGUGACUUGUGACUGUUAGCAUUUUCAAUCAGUACAGAGAAAUGAAUCUCUUGCAAAUGCUUAGCAGUAUAAGUAUUUUGGUCUGUCAGGGGUAUUUUUCUUUGUUCUGCAUGAUUGUAUCCUGCUGCAAAUGAAGGUAUCAAGCGCUGGAUGGUACUGUUUAUUCGAACAUUUGCUCUUUCUUGGGAUUGAAAUGGACAGAAACAAAAAAUGCCAACAUCAGAUGAACUAUGUAAAGCAUUAUGCAGAUGUCAGAAUACGCUGUGUGAUGGACUUUCAUAUUUUGUUGGUAAACUGAUAUCCUUUCAAAUUGGGAUUUGCCGCC